CCCAGCAAUACAGAAUCACAAAAUCUGACACUUGUCUCAGAAUUCUAUCUCAUGGGAUUCUCUGAGGACCCAGAACUUCAGCCUGUCCUCUUUGGACUGUUCCUGUCCAUGUACUUGGUGUCUGUGCUUGGGAACCUGCUCAUCAUCCUGGCUGUCAGCUCUGAUUCCCACCUCCACACCCCCAUGUACUUUUUCCUCUCCAACCUGUCCUGGGCUGACAUUGGCUUCAUCUCCACCACCAUUCCAAAUUUGAUUGUGAACAUCCAAAUUCACAGCAGAGUCAUCUCUUAUGUGGGCUGUCUCACUCAGAUGUCACUUUUUCUCACUUUUGGAGGUAUGGAUAGAAUGCUUUUGACUGUGAUGGCCUAUGACCGAUUUGUGGCCAUCUGCCAUCCCUUGAAUUAUCACGUCAUUAUGAACCCUCGUCUUUGUGUCACUUUCCUUCUGGUGUCUUUUUUCUUUAGCUUUGUGGAAACCCAGCUGCAUCUCUUGGCUGCCUUACAGAUGACCAAUUUCAAGGAUGCCAAAAUUGCUAACUUCUUCUGUGACCCUUCUAAGGUCCUUAAUCUUUCCUGUUCUGACACCUUCACAAAUAACAUAAUUCAAUAUUUGGUUGCUACCAUGUAUGGUAUUUUUCCCAUCUUAGGAAUCCUUUUCUCUUACUAUAAAAUUCUUUCCUCCAUUUUGAGCAUGCCAUCCUCAGGUGGUAGGUAUAAAGCCUUCUCUACCUGUGGAUCUCACCUCUCAGUUGUUUUCAUAUUUUUAGGAACAGGGAUUUGCGUGUAUAUUGACUCAGUUCUUUCAGAUUCUUCCAGAAACAAUGCUGUGUCCUCAUUGAUGUACUCUGUGGUCACGCCUAUCUUGAACCCCUUUAUCUACAGCAUGAGGAACAGAGACAUCAAAAGUGCCCUGAAAAUGAUAUAUGGUAGAAUAGUUUAA